AUGAGUAAAAUAUACCAGCAAUUGAAGGCUACUCCUGGUGAAAAUGAAUGCGGUUCCCUAGGUCACCAUAGUAGCAAAGAUGUCUUCAAUGAAAAUAAAACAAAAUUCGACCUCCAACAGGACUAUGAACCAAAGGGAGACAAAUUAAAAAAGUAUUAUGAAUCCUGUAGUGAUUAUUAUCGUAGGACGUACAGAACCACUACUCCAAGUGUUCCUACUAAUGUGGAAGAGAAAUGUAAGAACGGUGGUACUAACCCUACUGAUCCAUAUUGUACCAAAUUCAAGACUACCUAUGCAAAAUACUGCCAACAAAAUUCAACUGAAGAGGCUUGUGCAAUAGUCAAUGGAGUAGAAGCUUCCUCUGCACGCAGUGGUGUUCCUGCUGCUCGAAGCAGCAGCAGCACCGUCGCUCCAAUCGUAUCUUCUACACUAGGCACCGCAUUAGUAGGAUUACCAACAAUGUACAAGCUGCUACCAUCUUGGUUUAGUAACUAUUCUGGUGGAGGACGAGGAAGCACAAAUAACAAUAGAAGCAACACAAGAAAAGGAAGAUCCGUCCGAAGGGACCUCGACACAUUAACAGCAGCAGACAGUUCAACCAUAUAUUCCACCGAGUAUUCUACAGUAGACGACGUGUCAACAACAAAUUCCAUGUCAGAUAGAGCAUCUACCAUAUUUGAAGGGCCAUCUAAAAGGAGAAAAACAGUAGCAGGAAUAACAAAUAAUAGUAAUAGGCGACCAAAAAAUAUCAUGUAUCAACGUAUAUAG